GCAGUUUGAACAUCGAGGUUGGAUCUACUCAAAACCACCAUGACUCUGACUACCGCUUAUUCUGCUUUGCUGCGUCGCUCUUUUUUUGCCACUACGAUUGCUGGUACUAGAGCUUUUUCUAAUCAUGCGGCAUCCUGCCUCCGUGUUCAGUCUCGAACCAUUCCACCAACAACUGCUGUCAAAUCUCUGAAUGGAUUCAACUACGCUCAGCGUGCCUCCUAUUACUACGAUAAGGACGUAUAUGGCUACCGAAUUCCUCGUUCUAUUCAAGCUGAAGAAUAUACACCAGAGGAAUUAGCCAACAGAAACAAGAAUGCUAACCUACUUCGUCUGGUAUACGCAUUUCGCAGUCAAGGACAUCGUAUUGCCAACAUUGAUCCUCUUGGCUUGACUGCUCUUGAGAAUCUGCGCGAUAUCAGUCCAGAUCGAUAUGGAUUGACUAAUCCUAACGAGGUUUUUGAUCUGGCUGGUAUUUUACAUAUUGGCAAGACAAGCGAUCCCUCUGUUUCCAAGGAACAUGCAUCUCUUGAGACCAUUUUAAAUCAUUUGAAAAAAUCGUACUGUGGUCGUAUUGGGUUUGAAUUUAGCCAUAUUCCUAUCAAAUCAGAACGUCUUUGGUUUGCAAAACAUGUCGAGUCGUAUGAAAAACGCACUUUUUCAGCUGAUGAGAAACGCUACUUUUCAUCUCUUUUGACAAAAUCCGAGGUUUUUGAUCACUUUAUGGCUAGAAAAUUCCCGCAGGUUAAGCGGUAUGGUCUUCAAGGUGCUGAGAGUAUGAUGGUGAGUGACUGUAUUUACGAGUAUUUACAUUACAAUACCGGAUUGCAUGAUGCUGUUCUCUGCAUGCCUCAUCGUGGUCGUCUUAACCUUUUAAGCGAUCUGCUGACCUAUGAUCCGGCUGCAAUAUUUGCCAAAGUCAAGGGUAGCAGCGAAGCUCCUGCCGAACUUAAUAUCAACGCUGAUGUACUUUCCCACUUGGCUAUUUCUACUGAUAUUGAAGUUGGUGGCCCUGAAAAAAUCCACGUUUCAAUGCUUCACAACCCAUCUCACUUGGAGGCUGCAAACCCAGUGGCAUUAGGAAAAGCUCGUGCUCGUCAAAUGCAUUUGCUUGAGGCUGGAAAUGAGCAGGAUUGCUAUAUUGGUGAUCGUGUCAUGUGCGUUCAACUUCAUGGAGAUGCAGCCUUUGCUGGUCAGGGUGUUGUCACUGAAACCCUUGGUCUUGCUAAUCUUCCUCACUAUACAGCUGGUGGAUCUGUUCAUCUUAUUGUCAACAAUCAAAUUGGAUACACCACUCCAGCCAUGAACGCUCGCUCCACCAUAUACACUUCUGAUGUUGGUAAAAUGAUCAACUGUCCCGUUAUUCAUGUGAAUGGCGAUUUCCCUGAGGAUGUUGCAUACGCAACUUCGAUGGCAUUUGAAUAUCGAAACAAGUUCCACAAGGACAUCAUUAUUGACAUGAUUGCCUAUCGUCGACUGGGACAUAAUGAGCUGGACGAGCCUGCAUUCACUCAACCUGUGAUGUACAAAAAGAUUCGAUCACUAAAAACAGUUCCAUCAAAAUAUGAAGACUCUUUGCUUGAAGAAGGCGUAUUUACUUCGAGAUCCGAGAUUGAUUCUGUUCGUGAAUGGUACUCCAACAUGGAAGCUUUCAAGGGAAAAUGGGAAAACAUGGUUCUUCCCACUAGUGCAGUGACCAAGUUGGAUACUGGUGUCGAUGCCGAGAAGUUGAAACGCGUUGGUAUUGCAUCUGUUACACGACCAGAAGGGUUUGUCACCCACUCUCGUCUAGAGCGUCACCAUAUUGCCAACCGUAUUUCCAAAGUCAACUCUGGCGUCGGACUAGACUGGGCAACUGCCGAAGCCAUGGCUUUUGGUACUCUGCUUUUAGAAGGCUAUCAUGUACGUAUCUCUGGCCAAGAUGUUGGUCGUGGCACAUUUUCCCAACGUCACGCCAUGCUGGUUGAUUCGUCUGAUGAGCGAACCAUUAUUCCUCUAAAUCGUAUGGCUCAAGCUCCUGAAAAUCAAGGAAAGCUCGAGAUUGCCAACUCACAUUUAUCAGAAUAUGCCGUUCUUGGGUUUGAAUAUGGUGUUUCAUGGGAAACCCCCAAUCGUCUCUGUAUUUGGGAAGCUCAGUUUGGCGACUUUUACAAUGGUGCUCAAAUUAUCAUCGACACCUGUUUGGCUAGUGGUGAAACAAAGUGGUUGAGACAGAGUGGCCUGGUUAUGCUGUUGCCUCAUGGAUAUGACGGCGCUGGACCUGAACAUUCGAGCUGUCAUAUUGAACGAUUCCUGCAGCUUUGUGACGAUCGGUUCGAUGUGAAGGGAACUACGCCGAAAGACUGCAAUCCUAAUAUGCAUGUUGUCAACCCCACCACACCUGCACAGUAUUUCCACUUACUUCGUCGCCAGUUGCUGAGAAACUAUCGCAAACCUCUGAUUGUUGCAGGCCCAAAGGUGUUGUUGAGGCAUCCAUCAGCCACAUCUGAUUUGACGGACAUGAUGCCAGGCACAACUUUCUUGCCAGUACUUCCUGAUCCUGUUUUUGCCAAUACUGACAAGGCUGCUGCUGUUCGUCGCGUUUGCUUCAUUAGCGGCAAACUUUAUUAUGAUAUGAUCAAAGAGCGUGCUACACGUAACUUGGAUGACACAGUUGCUUUUGUGCGCAUUGAAGAAAUCUGUCCUUUCCCCGCCGACGAUCUUGAAGUCGAAGUUGCUCGUUUCCCCAACGCUACGGAAUAUGUCUAUGUUCAAGAAGAGGCUCAGAACCAAGGUUCGUACACGUUUAUUGCACCAAGAUUGGAGCAGCUCUUGCCCGCUGGCGCUAAGCUCAAAUAUCACGGUCGUCCACCUAAUGCCGCUGUUGCUACCGGUAUAACCUCGGUCCACAAAAAAGAGGUUGCAGAACUCAUGUCUGGUGCCUUUUCCGGCCUUUGAUAUUGCUUUUGGGAAUAAAAUUUACUUUUUGGGACUGCUGACUAG